UGGUUUCUUUUUCACAAAUGUCUUAAUAGCCGCCAGUGGAAAAGUUGCAUAUGAGAUUUAUAAAAAUGAGGUGAGCAUUCUCCACAAGGAUAAGCCAAACCAAUUGAUGGAAGGGAGGAAAUAUCUCACUCUGCUCAACCCAAAGACAAAAAUAUCUUGCCUUCCUUCCCAUGGACUCUCCUUUGCUGACAGUCUUCGCACUGAGCAAAGCUUCGAUCUGCAGAUUUCAAUUUUCUCAAUUUCUCAUCCACGCUUAAAAACAUAUACAACCAGGAAAUGUCGGCCACUGCAGCAUCAAUUCACCCAUUCACACUGCCAAAACCUCCCCAAACCCAUUUCCCUUUGGGUCAUACCAAGCCCAUCUCAAGUGUGCGUCCGUUCUCAAGGGGGAGGAAGAAAGCAGCAGUCAGACGUUGCAACCAGAGCAGCGCAGGGGAAACAUCAAGAACACAGAAGAACUACUACAAGUUGCUGGGAGUUUCUGUGAAUUCAAACUCUCAGAAAAUUAAAGAAGCAUACAGGAAGUUGCAGAAGAAAUACCACCCGGAUAUUGCUGGCCAAAGAGGCCAUGAGCAUACUCUGAUGCUGAAUGAGGCCUACCGGGUGCUGAUGAGGGAGGAUCUGAGAAGAGAGUAUGAUGCUUCCAUUGGCCAAACAGGUGCAGCGUUUGGGAAAGGUUCCCCUGGCAUGGCUGGCAGUUCAUGGAAAGGCCCCUUGAGACCUCAUGCUCUGUUUGUAGAUGAAAAUGCAUGCAUAGGGUGCAGACAGUGUGUGCACCAUGCCAGUAACACAUUUGUAAUGGAUGACGCUCUGGGAUGUGCACGAGUUAAAGUUCAGUAUGGAGAUGACUUCCCAAAAAUAGAGGUAUCUGUUGAGUCAUGCCCGGUGAACUGCAUCCACUGGGUGGAUGGGGAAGAGUUGCCAGUGCUUGAGUUCCUAGUCCAGCCUCAGCCGAAGGAAGGGUAUGGCGUGUUCGGAGGAGGAUGGGAGAGACCAUCAAAUGUGUUUGCGGCAGCCAAGUCCUUCAAUAAGCAACUGAAACAGCAGGCACAGCGCCAUAAAAGAAAUGUGGGAGUAACCGUUGAAGAAGAAAGCCCAGCUCAAGCAAAGGCUCGAGAAAAUGCAAGCAUGCAGCUUAGGAUGGAUAGAUUUUCAAAACUUUGGAAUUGGGUGAAGGAAAUCUCCGGACCUAAAAGAUGGAAUAGAGAGUGAAAGGAUGACAAUGAUUCUAUGGCAGUGUCUUUAAGUCAUGGUAUCUCCAAAAAUACUUACUGGAUAACACGUCAACGCCAUAUCAAUGUGGCAUGCGAAUGAGAUGUGCAGAAGUAUUUUUAUACCGCAUUAGUAUCAGCAUUUGUAAAUGAAUUUAAACUAUAAAGAAGCAUUGAUUGUCUCA